CUCCGUACAAUAAUUUUUAAGCUACUCGAACAGCCCAAAUCAAAUAGACAAGUCACAAGUCGCAAAUCUCGCAACCCGUAAGGUGCUGGGGUUUAUAAAGAUGUCGCGCUCAAUAGCAACUCCGCAACCGCUCUUACGAUCUCUUCUGCAAACCCGCCCUCGGACACAGCAAUGCCGCCGCUUUCUCUCGACAUCCCCCUCCACUUCGACAUCCUCCCCGCGACGACCCACAGCAGCGCUCUCGCACCCCCAGCAACAAUGUAAAGCCAACGCUCGACCCCUCGAGCAGCGACGUUAUAAGGCGAAGACGGUAGAGGAGGCGCUUAGUAGAUACCGGACGGGGCCCUUCUCGUGGAAGGCAGGCUUGCUCUUCGUGCUCACGAGCGCGGGGCUCGUAUGGUACUUCGAACACGAGAAGCAGCGCAUGCAGCGUAAGCGCGUGGCCGAGGCUACCAAGGGUGUCGGGCGGCCGAAGGUUGGAGGGGAUUUCAAUCUGAUCGAUCAGGAUGGGAAACCAUUUUCGAGUAGGGAUUUGAAGGGCCGGCAUUCUCUGGUCUACUUCGGAUUCACCCACUGUCCAGACAUCUGCCCUGAGGAACUCGACAAGAUGGCGCGGAUGUUCGACCUAGUCGAAGAGCAGUGUCCCGGAGCCCUGACGCCCGUGUUCGUGACGUGCGACCCGGCGCGUGACGACCCCAAGGUGCUCAAGUCGUAUCUGGCUGAGUUCCACCCGCGGUUUAUAGGGUUGACGGGCACAUACGAGCAGAUCAAGGACAUGUGCAAAGCGUACCGUGUGUACUUUAGCACGCCGCGAGACGUCAAGCCUGGCCAGGAUUAUUUGGUCGAUCACAGCAUUUACUUCUACCUGAUGGACCCCGAGGGCGACUUCGUAGAGGCACUGGGACGCCAGCAUAGCCCCGAACAGGCGGCGAAGGUUAUAUUGGAUCAUAUAAAGGAUUGGAAGAAAUAAGGGAGGGUGCAUAUGAUGUAGUGAUGCUCUCCCAUUCGGCCUGUGAUAUUAUCAGGUACUUAAUUGAUACAUCAUAGUAUCAAUUCUGCCCAUAAAGGCGUGCUUGUGUAUAUUAUAUAGACAAGAGUCGAUGCGCGAGCCUGGGCUAGAGAAUCCACCUCUACGUUGUAUAAAGAUUACGAUUAACAAAAUACCAUCUUCGCCUCAAAUAUGAAAUACCAAGUCCUCUUGCUCUAUUA